UCCAGUGGCUCUGCCAAUAAUGGCGUCCGCCGUGGCUCUCGGUCUGUUUAUCCCUCGCACGUGAAAUGUAAAUAAGCGGGCGGGUUCUUUCUUUCAUGCGCUACUACUCAGCCGCUUGCAGCGCGUGGCGGUGGCGCAAGCGAUGGCAACCGUUUGGCAGCAAGUGCUGGCCAUCGAUGCCCGUUACAAUGCCUACAGGUCGCCCAACGACCCCAACUUUCGUACAUUGUACAUACGAAGGCGGAGCCAGCUGUUAAGGGAGUCUCAAAAGAAUGAGCAAUGCGCUACAUUCCGUAAACAAUACCUGCGCCUCCGAAGUCAGCUGCUCUCUCAGCGGUAUGGCGUGUCCGUCGAACAGUCGAGCAAUCGGAGCCGCAGCAUGGGUGGCCGAAGCAACAGUCGGGCAACGCUCGAGACUUCAGACUCGUCGGAGAGUCGGCUGCAAGCCAGCGGAGAUCUCUCUCGCCGCGGCUCCUUCGGCAACCAGCUCUCUUUGACCAAUGAAGGGCUGGUACCCACGUACGCGGCUGAAGCCAGUCGUGCCAUCGUGGGUGGUACGAGCAUUUCAGAGAACUACGCCUUUGCAGGGGUCCACCACAUCUUCGACCAACAUCGUGAUGCCGUAACCUCGGUGAGGUUCGCCAACAACGAGAAGUACCUGCUGGGCUGCUCAUCGGCCGACGGCAACCUGUCUAUAUGCCGUCUGGACCCACCCUGCGUACUGUACAUGCUCGAGGGACACCAUGGCAAAGUGACUGGUUUCGAGUGGUCCCUCUCCAAUGACCUCUUGGUGUCGGGUUCCCUGGACGGGACGGUGCGGCUUUGGGACGCAAAAACAGGCAGCUGCGUGCGUACCGUGCCCGAUCCGUCGGGGGCGGCCAUCUUGUCGUGCGUGUUCCAGCCGGCGAACAACAACAUGGUGGUUACGGGAAAUGACAGGGGUCUCGUGCAGGUGCUCAACAUUUCCACGGGCAUCUACCUCAAGGGUGGCAGCAGCCAGACCACUGGCUGUGUCCUCUGCUUGACCUUCGAGCCAACGGGCAAGAUGCUGUGGGCUGGCGAUGACCGGGGCUACAUUGUGUCCUACCUGUUCGACCUGCCCACAGGGAAGCUCACCAAGGGAAAGCGGAUGGUGGUGGCCGAAAACUGUCCGAUCACAUGCCUGUCGGCGCGCCAAUGGGCAAGCCGUGAGGCCAGGGACCCUUCAGUGCUGGCCAACUGCGGCCUCAUCAAUGCCCUUCUUCUCUACAGUGUGCAGGGCUCGGAUGGUAGCCUGGCCCUGAAGCGCAAGUUCCACGUCAAACAUCGCUGCCGCACUCUGGUGCGGAGCUCCUUCUGCCCCAUCAUGUCCUUCCGCCAGGGCGCUUGCGUUGUGACCGGCAGUGAAGACCAGUGCGUCAACUUCUUCGACGUGGAGAGUGCCAAGCCGCUGCUGAACAAGCUCCAGGGCCACUCGGCGGCCGUCCUCGAUGUGUGCUUCAACUAUGACGAAUCUCUGCUUGCCUCGAGUGAUGCGCAGGGCAUGGUCAUCCUCUGGAAGAGGUCGUCGGGGUGACCUCUUUUUUUUUACUGGACACCAGCGACUUGCCUUAGUUGAGGGGGCUGCUGCAGCAGUAUUCUGUGCAGUGUUAUGCGAAUUAAUUAGCAGGCAAAUUCAGCAGCAUACGGGGGACGUGCAAACAGCACUCUAUGGUCUGAGUACAAGUGCAAGAAGCCUGUGCAAUAGUAAUGCAUGCGAGCGUGUAGCUAGUGCACUAGUUAUAUUCCAUUAGGCUCUUGUAGCUGGCAUGGAAUGAGUGAAUUCUCUUUAAAAGCUUAAACUCUGAUUCACUUGUCUCUAUAGGCUGUCUAUUGUAAAGACAGCCUCCUUUUCAAUAGCCUAAAGCAAAAGUGGCCUAUGCUAACCAUACCGGUAGCUGGAUUACUAUUGUUCACGUUACAGUACGACUUGCUUCGCAGCACCAAUGUUGUCGUUACUAAGCCUAUCUCUGUGCUUCUAGCAAUUAAUGCCAAGGAACAGUGUCACGAAUGGUGUUAAGCCUACUCUCUUGCCCUUCUGUCGUCGUGCCAAGUGGUGCGAACGUUUGUUGUCCUUGCUUGUCUUUGACCGCUGAGAGUGUGCUGUGCAUGGGGACCAGCUGAGAUCGGUGAGCUGGCAAAUACCAUAUUCUGAUACCUAUUUUGAUAGAGACCUUUAUUAUUACCUGUAAUAUCUAAUGAGUUCAACUCUUUCCUUCAACAAGUGAAUUAGUUUAAUAAGCAAGGCACCAUCCGAUUCACGGCUUAUUUCUCUGAGUGGGUUGCGCCAAGCCGUUGAGGAACCAACCAACCAACCUUUCCCACAAAAGUAGCCAUCAUAGGUGCCACAGUUCCAGUUAGACUUUCGCAGAUAAAAUUAUUCGAAGACAAUUCCUGUUGAAGUAAUUCCUCUCCAGGCGAUUGCCACUAAAGCAUUCCUGGUAGCAACAGUUUUCAUCAGUCUUUGUUAUCUUAGUCGCAUAGAUGCAAGCUCCAUAAACACAGCCAUGCAGAGAUAAUAGUAGCAGAGUUUUCCCACUUAAAAUCUGCUCAGAGAUGAUUACUAACAAACCAGUCGCCAUGGCAGCAUUCUGUAAAGUGGCAGCCCCCACGGCAUGCAUUGAUUGGCUGGCAGAGCAGAAGCAUGGCUGUAAGGUUUGCUGUUCUUUGCAGGGAAAGCUGCAGGACUUGAUCACUCUGUACAUCUUUCAUAACCCUCAUGUACAUCGAGAGCACAUUUUUACAACCUGCACUGUCUGCACCAGCUUUCCGUUUGACAGUUGUUUUCGUGAUAGUGGUGUUGCAUCGUGAAAGUAUAAUGCGUCAUGGCCAAGUGCCAUAAAAUGCUAAGAUUGGCAGGUAAAUACAGUCUGUGUGUAAGCAAGGCAACUCCAAGAUCAAUCUUGGGGUCAUGGCUUUUCAGCAAGAGCAUCUGAGUCCACCUCCUCAUGCUGCGUUACAUAACGGGAUGAUAAAAAUUGUCUGUUAGCUGCUGUAUUAGUAUAGAACCUCGUACAAACACUUGAAAAGUGUAUUGCCUGAGAUGUGGUGUGUAACAAUGUGGUGUGUGGUGUGUUAACCUGUAAAGAAGUAGCAAACAAAAGUGCACAAAUAUGAAGAAGUAGAUGGGACAAGUUCUUGGCUUGAAACGUAGAGUCGCAAGCUUACCAUUGGUCGAGUAUUCUUUCUUUGUCAUCUGUACUUGUUCAUUUUCGGUUCACUUUUGUGCUCAUCACAAACUGAAGUACCUUGAUAGGUCUCAAACGUCAUAGUGUGCUACUGCGUCGCUGAUACCGUUGGCCCCUACAUCAGUGGUGCUAGUGCUUCCAAGCGCCAAUUGAACCAGACUUAGCUGCUCCUGUCAAUCAGACCACACUGUUUUGGGAGUGUCUCUGUAGGAACUGCAAUCUGAGUGUGAGCCAAGUGUGAUCAGCCACGUACAACUUCUGAUAGCACCCAGACUUCCUGAGGGCUAAUUGUUGCUGUAAUGUACAUAAAAAAGCAUUCCAUUGUUUUGAAUGUGUAAAUGUUUAUCAUAAAAUUUGUCUGUUUUAUCAUCAUCGAUAUUCAUAAGCAUUAGAGGAUGUAAUUUUAUUUCAGUAUUACAUUGAACUAUCAAAUGAGAUUAUUGUAAGGUACAUAUGAUGUGCCAGGAUGUUCACCAAGUAGGCUUCACUUGGCCUCUGGGUAUAAGCUCAUGCUUUUUGAACUCCGUGCCUCACAAAAGCAGACAACAGUAGACUGCAUUGCAUUAUUCUUAGAGAACUGGCGAAUAAACCUAGCUAGUUUAAGGAGCUUUACUUCGUCUGAAAUGGCUUGAAUAAAAAAUGAGAUAGUACAACCUCUUGAAAACUUUAAUGUGCUAAUCUUCUAGCAGCGGGGUGCCAGUUCAACAUUUAAGAGAAGCUGAACUGUGUGACCUUUGUUUACGCUUCUAAUAAAUAGUCUGCACGUCACUGCUAAAUCAGGAGUUUGUAAAGUGUACUUUAGACGUGUGGACCAGCUGUUUCCUUUGUUUUUUAAUGGUUCAUUUAAGUUCUUUUUUGCUGCUACAUUUAUGCUGCCUGUGAUUGACAGUGUUGGCUGUCUCGUUGCUGUGUGGUUUGUUAGACCAAAACCACGCUUGUGUUGAAUGGUAAUUAUCUGAGCUGCAUGAAAGUCGCUUUGCUUUCAACUUCCUAGAUGUAGACAUGAGCAGUAUUGUUAGAGGUACGGUACCACUUUCUGGCAUUGUUCAUGCAUUUAGUAGGAUCCAUAUUAAGGGCAUAGAUCGGGUAUUGCAUACCAGAGGCAUUCCUCUCCUGGGGUGAACAUUUUUUGGGCUUAGGGUCAGAAGAGUCUUUCAAGUUUCUUCUCACGACUUCAUCAACUUUUUCUUUCUCAUUCUAAUUCAGAACUAAAGUACUUGAAUGCCUAAGUUUUGAUGUACACUUUGUUUUAUGCUUAACUAGAUCAUUCCAUGACAUGUUAGUUGAAGUGAGAGUUAAAAAAAAUUCAUCAGUUCCUUUAGCAGUGAUUAGACCUCUAAAACAAUUGUGCAAUAAACAAUGUUAAAAUUGCAGCACAAUUCCACAUACACACAAAAUUUUAGUAUAAAGGGAGAAAGUCCCUUUCUACCCUUGUGUAAUGAUUAGUACAAAUAUGCCCCGUAUUUAAGUAACAAGUCUGUUUUCAUAAUGGUACAAUGCGAAUGUAAAAGCCUGAAAUGCAGGAAGUAGACCUAUUGUAAACUCAGCGGAGGUUGGGUGACGAGCCUAAUAAUUUUAUACUUGUGCUCGCUGGGGCAGAUUGAUGUGAUGGUUUUGAUGUGGCCCGUUCAUGUUUGGGCAGGCGACACUAGUAGAUGGCCGUCAAUGAUGUGCAAUAUGUUAUUGCUGUUUUUUAUGGCCAAGUUGUGGUUUCUGAUUUCUGUGAUGUGUAAAUAUAUUACUAGCUUAACUUUUUUACUCUUCACCUAUAUCGCUGUAAGGCAAUACAUAGGGUCCGUACACAUGAGUAAUUUCACUACAUAGUUUGCAAUCGAUACAAUAUAUACAACAAAUACAACAACACUCGAGAUAUCUUAAGAAAAAAAAAAUACUCGAAUAAUGGUGAGCUACACAAAUUACAAACAAAGUCACGGUCAUACAUUUGUAAACACCCAAAGGCUUCGAGACACAAACCAACAAACCAAACGAGAUGUUUAUGGGCCCCUCUGUAGUUGUGCGCAACAUUCCGUCCGGAUUGACUGAAUAAAAGAAUGUACAUGCUUGGCA